AUGAAUGCAGUUCUUUGCAAAGCUCUGGCACUUGCCAUUAUUCUCUAUGUACUGCUCAAUAUUAUCCACCGACUAAUCCUGAGCCCGCUGGCCAGGUUUCCUGGGCCCAAACUUGCCGCCGCAACAAGGUGGUAUGAAAUGUACCACGAUGUGAUUCGAGGUGGGCAGUUCAUGUUCGAAAUUGAACGCAUGCAUGCAAAGUAUGGACCCAUUGUCCGUAUUAAUCCCUUCGAGUUGCAUAUCAAAGACCCGGACUUUUACACCAUGCUAUACGCUGGGCCAACAAAGAAGAGGGAUAAGUAUGGGUGGCUUGUUUCGACGAUGGCUAGGGGGUCCAGCUUUGGUGCAGCAGAGCAUAGACAACAUCGUAUGCGACGGGGCAUGAUCAGUCCGUUCCUCGCCAGACGAUCGGUCAUGUCCUUUCAGCCUGUCAUUCAGCAAAAGGUGGACGCAGUCUGUCGACAUCUACGCAGGGCCAAGGACACAGACGGUGCUGUAGAACUUCAUACCUGCUUUUUGUCAUUCGCGGUGGACGUCGUCUCCCAUUACGCAUUUGGAGAUAGAUUAUGCGCGAGAACCCUGGACGGGCCAGUGUUAUCGGACAAGUGGAAAAAGGGCGUCAAUGGGAUCUUUGAGAGCCUGAUACUUGUUCGACAUUUUCCUCUUCUGUUUACACUUUCACGCAUCGUCCCCAUGUGGCUUGCAGCCAGUGUAAAGCCUCAGUUUAAGGAUGUCCAACCCAUUGAAGAUGCAACUGAGAGAUCGAUUUUCUAUGAUAUACUUGACAAUGACCAGUUGCCCGACGGGGAAAAGGAGCUUCCACGUCUCAUCGACGAAGCAAAGUUCCUACUUGUCGCGGGGACCGAUGCCCCAUCCCAGGUCCUUGCAUUGACGAUGUUCCAUGUCCUUGAUAAUCAGGACGUCUACCAACACCUGCGAGAGGAGUUGAUGCUCGCAAUUCCGGAUAAGAAAGCUUGUCCUUCAUGGGACAAAUUGGAAAGGCUUCCCUAUCUGAGCUCUGUGAUUAAGGAGGGACUACGAAUCUCCGCUGUUGUUACUUCUCGUUUACCUCGAAUCUCUCCAGACGAGGCAAUUUACUGGAACGGUUGGGAGAUUCCACCCGGCACCCCAGUCAGCAUGUCGAACCAUUUUAUUCUCCGUGACCCCGACAUCUUUCCGGAUCCUCUAAGUUUUCAGCCCGGGCGAUGGGCGGAUAGAAGACUAGAGAAGUAUCUGGUUCCAUUUUGCAAAGGCAACCAGGGGUGCCUCGGGCCUGAUAUGACCUAUUGCUGGCUUAACAUCGUCCUCGCCUCGCUACUGCGUAAAUUUGAAUUCGAACUCUACGAUACAACGAAGGUGAACGUUGAGAUCGUGCGGGAUUGUUUUAACGCACAGACGCGGCCGGGCCAGAAUCGCAUAUAUGUCAAGGUCAGGAAAGAACUCGAUGGAUAG